UCUUUGGCGAAAUAACGUGACUGCACCAAGGGUGCCUGUACCUUCGUUUUCAUGAUCCUACCAUUAACAGGAAGACGGUGUGCAGCAUACGAUCCUGCCGGGAAGUUGAACAGCCGCCCGGCAUAUGUCACCGCACCUGCCCGUGUGAGGGAAAGAAAGCUGCGGUCGGUGGCAGGUUAGGAGACGCGGGAGGGAGCUGGAGUUCUGCGGGCGUCGUCGUGCUGGACCGCGCCGCCAAACACACCACUAAAAGUUUCCACUCCGAAGAUACUUAGUUGCUGCUGGCCCCCGAAAUCCACUGACUGUUUUUGUUUGAUAUCCGCAGUGAGUCCGUGUCCGUGCUGUGCGUCGGCUGUAGUUUUGGGUGGUAGUUCCAGGUGAGAUUGGGCCGCACUCACAGGUGGUGGCAGUCACAAUGCGAAACACGACCAAGCGGCGGAUGCAGCAGGGUGGCGGUAGUAUCACAACACAAACACUGCUCGACUUCGAUCUCGGCGAGUCGUCCUCGGACUCGGAUUUUCGCAUCGAGGACCACGAGGACGAGAGUGACGAUUGUUCGCUUGGCUCCAAGGAGGACUACGGCAAGGAUGAUGACGACGAUGACGAUGACGAUGACGAUGAUGACGACGAGGAUGACGAUGACGAGGACGAGGACGAGGACGACGAUGAGGACGAGAACGGAGAGGACAACAACGGCGGUGGCGGCGGCGGCGGCGGCGAGGACGGGACCAACGAUGGAGAGCAGCAGCACGGUGGCAAAUCGAAGAUCGGAACGACGGUCACCCCGGUACCCCGGGAGUCAGAAAAUGGAAUAGCGGAUGGUGCGGAAGCAGUACAGGCAAACGCCAGGACGUUAGUUCCGGCCGUGAGUCUGCCACCGGAACGGGACGCCGCGAUCCAGAAGCUGCUGAGUAAACCGAUCUGCUGUGCCUGCCUCGGUGAUCGCAGCGACGACCAGAACGAGAUCGUCGAGUGCGACGGGUGCGGUGUCACGGUGCACGAGGGUUGUUACGGUGUGAGCGAGAGUACCAGCAUCAGCAGCACCGUUUCCUCGUGCUCCACCGAACCGUGGUUCUGCGAUGCGUGCAAGGCGGGCGUGGAAAACCCGGACUGCGAACUGUGCCCGAACAAGGGUGGCAUCUUCAAGGAGACGGACGUGGGCAAGUGGGUCCACCUGGUGUGCGCACUGUACGUGCCGGGUGUGGCGUUCGGCGAGGUGGACCAGCUGUCGUCGGUCACGCUGUUCGAGAUGCCGUACAACAAGUGGGGCGCGAAGACGUGCAGCCUGUGCGAGGAUGCCCGGCUGGCCCGUACCGGCGUGUGUAUCGGUUGCGAUGCGGGCAUGUGCAAAACGUACUUCCACGUGACCUGCGCCCAAUACAUGGGCUUCCUGUCGGAAGCACACUCGGAGGAGGCGGACCAGGCGGAUCCGUUCUACGCGCACUGCCGGAUCCACUCGGACAAGACGCUAAUCAAGCACCGGAAGCGCAACUACAACGCGAUCAAGGUGAAGGCGGUCCAUCGGCGGCAGGCAGCAGCGGAGGAGUCGGACCGGGGACAGAAGCCGACGCCCGGGCAGCUGCGGAUCGAGCGCAAGCUAACCAAGCACCGGCGACGGUACGUGUCGAACAAGGAAACCAAGAACGCACCGUGGGUGCCGACCCAGAAGAUGCCCCGGCUGCUGAUCACCAGUGCGACCGCGUGCAAGAAGCUGCUGCAGAAGGCGGAGCUGAUGGGGCUGGAUGUGGCGGCGAUCGAGUUCCAGGAGGCGCAGAUGGCGACCCUACACGACGUGCGCAAGAAGUGGCACAUUGCGCCAGCAUUCAGUGUCGAGUUCAUUGGCUACUAUCUCGACCGCUCAAUCCGGUUGGGCGAGAUGAAGAAGCACCUGCAGGAGCAGAUGGUGCUGAAUAAGCUGCUGCUCGGCAAGCAACAGCUGCUGCGCACCAUGUACGACCGGGCGGUGGUACGAAACCAGGAGGCGGUGCGGAAGGGUGAUUCAUUGCGUGACUCAAUCAACAGCCUGUACGCGCACCUGCUGGCCCUCUGUCCGAACAAGGCGCUCGUGCCGAUCGAGCUGAUUGGGAGACCACCGCCACCCCCACCACUACCACCACCAGCAUCACCAUCACCAUCACCACAACAAUUUUGUCCAAUUUCGGCAACGGUUUCCGUUCCGGUAGCGACACCAGUACCGGGGGUAGCGGCACAACAACAACAACAGCAUGCCAAAACGCAUCCAGUCGGUGUGUCGGGCGCAUCACCACUGGCCGGCUGUGCGGCACCGUACAGCAAGAGCGUCGUUAUCAAUGCACCGUCGACGUCUGGUGGCCUCUGCACUACACCGACAACGGCCGCCCGCACGAUGAGUGUACCGACGGCGGCGGCCCUCAAGAUGGGUGUCGGGUUUCCGCUCCAGAAUCUGAUGGUCCCAGGAAAGCGGGACGACACCGGGCGCAUCCUGAGUACGCAGUGCAAGCAGCAGCAGCAGCAGCACCAACAUCAACACCAACACCAGCACCAUCAAAACCAGCAACAGCAGCAGCACCAGCAACCGAAUGGUGACGAGCUGCUGAGCGAGUGUGGUAUCUGCAAGCGGUGUACCGAUCAGCAUUUGCUGGCUAAAUGUGAUACGUGCCAUCUGCACUAUCACCUCGGUUGCCUCAAUCCACCCUUGACGCGCCACCCCAAGAAAUCGAAACUGUACGGGUGGCAGUGUUCGGAGUGCGACAAGUCGGACGACUCCAACCCGGAGACGGUGAUUCUGCCGAAGGCACCGCGAAAAUCGCGCACCCGCUACUCGAAGGACGGCACCAUCGUGCCGUACGAUCUGUGCUACGACGGUAACACCGCCGAUAGUCGCGACGGAUCGUUUCUGUCGCGUUCCGAUCCACCGUAUGCUCCCACCGGUGCCAAGAAACUACCCGUCAAAGCGGCUGGCGAAGCGGGCAGGGGUGCGGGAUCGCGCGAUAGCGUCAGCACUGGUGGCAGCACGACAACCUCACCGGAAACACCGGUCAAAUCGCCGGGCAAGCGGGGCCGCAAACGCAAGGUGUUCGACCAGGAAACGAUCAGCACCAUCUGUGGACCGCAGCAGCCGGUGGUGGUCGUAGCCGAGCUUCUGCCCGUGCCACUACCGGCACCAGCACCGGCACCAGCACCAGAUACGAAGCCGGAGACGGAGCAAUCGCAGGACACCGCGACGGAAAAUAAAAAGCUGCUCCAACCGUCAACGGUCGAUGGUAAGGGGGUGCCACCGACGGCAGCAACGGCUGCUGUGGUAGUGAGCGAUGAGGAGGAGGUUACCCCCCGCCAGAUGCAGGCCUCGGGCGAACGGGGUGAAACGGAUGCACCGAAAGCAUCGUCGGUUACGGGUGAGGUUGGUUCUACCACCUCUACCACGGUACCACGGCUAUCUGCAUCGCCCUCACAGUACGAUCUGUGCCCCGGUGAUGACGAGGAUGAGGAAGACGAGGACGAUGACGAUGCUGGUGGGCCACGGAAGGAACCGAACGGUGGUGGACGAGUCCUGCAACCGGGCACAGCAGCAGCAGCAGCAUCAGCAGCGCCGGCACCGGGUGACGAUGGCACUGCUGGGUGCGACCGAGAACCACCCGCAACCGUCUCGGACGGGUUGAGCGGCUUCUCGAGCCAUCAUAAGCACAGCAAGCGCCGUAAAGAGAAACAUCGGAACCGGUCGCCAAACGAUGAGCGAAUCGCUUCCAAGGAGCAUCACAAGCGCAAGCGGAAACGUAAAAACCAUCACGAUUCACGCGAAGACCUAGCCAGCACUGCCACCAAUAGCUACAUCGAUGCCGCCUACGGCGAAAAUCGGCCGCGCAUCAAAAUCAAGAUUAAAUCCGUCUACGAUGGUUCCAAUAUGCACACGACGGAGAUCUACUACGUUCGCAAUGACACACCAGCGGAAGACGCCUCCAUCAACGACCUUUCGGCCGACUGUACCUCGUUGGUGCCUCCGCAGAUUUCAGAGAACGAUUUGGCCGGAUCCGAGGGAUACGGUGGGCCAGCCUCGGAGUUACAACCGAAUGCUCCGCAACGGACAGCUUCACCAUACGAGGGUCCAGUUCGUGCGGUGGGCGGUCGAGCACGCGGCAAGCAGCGUGACCUCAGCGCUCGUGCCAAUGCGCCCCUCCCAAUCGGUACCACCGGGUACGGGACACCAAUCAGCGACGAAUCCGUGUGUGACGUGUGCCAGACGCCUGGCACCUCCAGCAACAUUGUACAGUGUGACGAGUGUCACAAGAACUAUCAUUUCGGAUGUCUCGAACCGCCACUGAAGAAAACGCCUAAGCGCCGCGGCUACUCAUGGCACUGUGCCGAUUGCGACCCAACGGACAUCGAAAGUUAAGGCGUAAUCGGUAGUGUGCUGUUCAACCGCUCACCAUCGUCACCGAGCGAGUAUUGUCCGGACGGAACAUUUAACCGUCUCAUCGGUAGUUUGGAGUAAUUUCUAUGAUUAAGCUCUCAGCGGUUCCAAUCCAACCGGCAGCAGGAUGUGUGCUAUGUAUUAAUCUUAUUAUUCUGCCAAUUUCACUCGGUGGGCAAACCGCUGUCAACGGCCAGAGAGCGCCGAAAAACGGAUCCCAAAAAUGCUGGUUUUCUCGAUUAUGUUAUACAUGGCAGCAUGGCAACUAGAAUGGCGUGAUCUUCAUUAUGUAAAGUAACAAUGCCUGCUACAGUUAUGACGAUUGUGCACACUAAGGACCUUAUUUAAUCCUUUUUUGGAAUAGUUUUUUUUUAAAUAUUUUCUUCUUCUUAACGAUAUUAGUCUCAGUUAGGCGUGCUACAACAAUGGACAUUUGUACACGAUAGGCACCUUAUUUGAUCCUUUUCUUCUUUAUUAUUGUCUAUAUAUUUUUCUAUUAUUAUUAGCUAUUGUGUAGGACGCUAAAUCGCUAAAGACUGAUCGUCAUCACUUCCGUAAUUAAAUUAUUAUGGUGCGCCUUGCUCGAUUAAUCAAUGGACGAUUAGAUGUGCGUAGGAGAGCAUUAAGGGCUUUUGAACUAAGUUUAAAGUGACAUAGCGAGGAUUAGACAAAACUUUGACGGAUACAUUCAGCGAAAUUUAGUUAUAACUUCCUUCUAAUCAAUUCAUUAUCAAGCCAUAAUCAAAGGGGUAUCAAAGAAUAGCUUAGGUACACCGGAAAUCUCACCAAUAGAUGAAGAGGUCUUUCAAGUUCGAUGUACUAAUGAAGUGAUGUUGGAACAUGCACGUAUUGUGAUCGAGGAUGUAACCAAAGCCUGCUCACUUCAAUCUUCAUAUAUUUUUAUUUUUUGACCAUGUAUUUUCCCAAAACUGGAGUGAACAAUAGCAAAUAGCACCCGUGAAGUCGUAGCCAAUAAGCUGCUACAGUAAUAUAAUGUAACAGUGCGUUCCUCAUGAGCGAGUAUAUCGACACGAAAAGGAUCUGUGCUCGCAAAUUCAAGUUUAGUGGUUUCCCUAUCGUCCGUCUACAGUUGUUGUGUGAAUAUCAUUAGGUUUGCUUAAAUUAAGCAUAAGCAUUUCAUUAAGCCACUGGAAUAACAGUCUAAUGACAGGAAGGGAUCAACCGAUUUGCGUGCAAAACUGUUUUUGCAACAACACUAAUUUCAACCGUUCAACGCAAUGGAUUAUGUUUAUGUCAAAGUAGAGAGAGAGACAAAGAGAUAAGGAAACAGAAAGAGAAAUAGAGAUAGAGAGAGAGAGAGAGAGCGACAGUGAGCGAAAUAGAGUGGAAUAAUUCCGAUCCAGGCGGGCUAGCUGGCGUGUUGACGCAGCGAAUGCAUAUGCAAGCAACAUUGAACAUUGAAUUACUGGAAAUAAAAGAGGAAUUUUCCCAUUGAAUCGAGGCGUGACCAGACGACGAUGAACGCGA